AUGUCGGCCCAAUCUCCACACCUUCUCACCCCCAAGGCCGCUCGGAACAACAACAAUCAUAUUGCCAACAGCGCCAUGAGCGGAACCCCCCAACCCCAUCCGCGUCGCGCUUCCAAGAAGUCCAACACUCCUCAAUCCAAGAAUUCCGCUCUCCUCAACACCCCACCAUCUUCGCCGCCUGGCCACAUGAGUCCCGCGGGCGCAGGAGCCAUGACAGACUCGUCGGUCAAUGUCCAGUCCAAGAAGAGACCCCCGCGUUCCGGCAAGAAGCCUCAACCUCGCAAUGUCAAUGGAAACUCAUCGGGCCCCUACCAGAAUGGCCACAAGCAUUCGAAUUCCCAGUCUGGCGCAGCAACUCCGGCCAAAGACAGCGCCGUUGCCUAUGCAGGUCCAACCUUCCAUGCCUCCCCUGCUCCAUCUGCAUUGCCCAUUCCAAGCUUCUUCUCCAAGUCUCUGCCUGAAUCAGAACUGGCGCCACAUUUGGAAACUGACAGCGAUACCGCGGACAUGGAAGCCGACCUUGAAACCACUCCAUCCAAACCACGAACUGCUCGCUCGCAACCCACCAAGCCCAGCCAAGCCUCGCACCAGCCCUCACCUCUUGACUUUCUUUUUCAAGCUGCUGUGCAGGCUCGUGCUUCAAAUACCAUGGGCAGCCCAGAGGCAUCGACUCGCAUGCGCUCGCCGCAGACCGAUUCGAAAGUCCUUCGUUCCCAUUCCAACCACACUGCAGGCGGCAUGUUUUCAAUGGAGCUGGAGACUGAUCGUGCACGAGCUUCCCCCAUCGGUCCCUCCUUUGCGCCAUCCUACCAAGAUCGCAUGAACGCUUUGCGGUCGGCAAGCUCCCCAACUCAUUCGCCCUCCCCGGCUCCCGCUGCGCCCAGUGGGGACCAGUAUCGUGCCACCACGGAGCAGUUGAAGCACAUGUUGCUGAACCCUCGGCCUCAGGAGCCACCUGCUUCCACUAAUUCCCCGCCCAUCAAACCUACCCGUGAUUUCGGUGCGGCCAGUCCUGUCCGGCCAAAUAUCAAUGCCUCGGUUCCUCAUUAUGCCACCCCUAUGCGCGCCUACUCUGGCCCACCGCAGCCCUCGCACGCUGAUGGCCAUGGUCACACCGCGAGCCCAGCGGCAAACCCGUACGUCUAUGGCCCCGGCUCGCAGCCCCUCCGCAACACCAAUUCCCCUUUGCGGCGCGAGGUACCCGUGGCAAAUGGCUAUGGCAGUAUCUACGGCAACGGGGCCAAUUCAAGCUUUUACAGCAAUAUCCACUCCUCCGGUUAUUCUUCCCCUGCGCCUUAUGCCAAUCACACCUUCGCCGCGACUGCGCCUGCGGCCGUGCCGUACCAAAACAACUUUGUUUCCCCGCAGCCCCAAUACCACCAGGCUGCUUUUCCCCUGACCAACUCUUCCUCCUCCACCUCUCGACCGGUCGACACCAAGAAGAUGGAGGAUGACUUGCGGCGCAUUUUAAAGUUGGAUGCGGCUGCCACCACGGCGCCCUCUCUCCCUUCAACUAAUUUGCAAAGCUCUUUUGCCGCCUAG